AUGUUUUCGACGUUGUUUCAGGGGUUUGAUUGGCGGAAAACGAAGCUUGAUCAGCUUCAAAAUCGAAUUCGAUCUUUGAUUUUGUUCCGAUUGGAAGACAAGAGGCUUGGAGCUAUGGGAUAUCUGAAUUCUGUGUUGUCAUCUUCGAGCCAGGUUCACUCCGACGACGGACCUGUUAGCGGCGGCGGUCUCAGUCAGAACGGGAAGUUCAGCUAUGGAUAUGCAAGCUCUCCCGGUAAAAGAUCUUCAAUGGAGGACUUUUAUGAGACUAGAAUCGAUGGUGUUGAAGGGGAAAUAGUUGGUCUAUUUGGAGUCUUUGAUGGACAUGGAGGGGCACGUGCAGCUGAAUAUGUGAAGCAGAAUCUGUUCAGUAAUCUUAUCAGGCAUCCAAAGUUUAUCUCUGAUACCACAGCUGCAAUAGCUGAUGCAUACAACCAAACAGACGAGGAGUUUCUUAAAUCAGAAAAUAGCCAGAACAGAGAUGCUGGUUCGACGGCGUCAACAGCCAUCUUAGUUGGUGACCGUUUACUUGUUGCAAAUGUAGGGGACUCUAGAGCUGUUAUAUGCAGAGGUGGCAAUGCUAUUGCUGUAUCCCGAGAUCACAAGCCUGAUCAAAGUGAUGAGCGCCAAAGGAUUGAGGAUGCCGGAGGAUUUGUCAUGUGGGCUGGAACAUGGAGAGUUGGAGGAGUUCUUGCUGUUUCUCGUGCAUUUGGCGAUAGGUUGUUGAAGCAGUACGUUGUUGCUGAUCCGGAGAUACAGGAGGAGAAAGUGGAUAGCUCUCUCGAGUUUCUCAUACUUGCAAGUGAUGGUCUCUGGGACGUUGUAUCUAACGAGGAAGCCGUAGGCAUGAUCAAGACGAUAGAAGAUCCUGAGGAAGGUGCAAAGAGGCUGAUGAUGGAAGCUUACCAACGAGGAAGUGCAGACAACAUAACUUGUGUCGUUGUACGUUUCUUUUAUGACCAAGGAGUAGGUUCCAGCAGCAAUAGUGUCCCCAUCGAUCAUGGUAUUAUACCGGACAGAAGCUCCGGUGACUCAUCAACCUAG